AUGAAGGUUCUCGCUCUUUCCGCUCUUCUUUCUUUGGCUUCGGCCGCCUCUAUCAGCCGCCGCAGCGACUUCUGCGACCAAUGGGGUACCGCCACCGCCGGUGACUUCAUCCUGUACAACGACCUCUGGGGUGAAGACAACGCCUCCAGCGGCUCCCAGUGCACUGGCGUCGACUCGGCCAGCGGCAGCGAGAUCGCCUGGCACACCAGCUGGUCCUGGGAGGGUGGCAGCAGUGACGUCAAGAGCUACGCCAACGCUGCUCUGCAGUUCACUGGUACUCAGCUGAGCUCCAUCUCUAGCAUCCCCUCCACCUGGAAGUGGACUUACUCUGGCUCCGAUAUCGUGGCCGACGUGGCCUACGACAUGUUCCUGGGCUCGACCGCCGACGCCUCUUCCGAUGAGUACGAGAUCAUGGUCUGGCUUGCUGCUCUCGGCGGUGCUGGCCCCAUCUCGUCGACCGGCUCCACCAUUGCCACCCCGACGAUCAACGGCGUGACCUGGGACCUGUACACCGGCCCCAACGGCGACACCACCGUCUACAGCUUCGUCGCCCAGUCGACCACCGAGGACUUCUCCGGUGACCUGAACGACUUCUUCACCUACCUGGUGGACAACGAGGGUGUCUCUGACAGCCUGUACCUGACCACCCUUGAGGCGGGUACCGAGCCCUUCACCGGCAGCAACGCCGAGCUGAAGGUGUCCGAGUACUCCGUUUCCAUCGAGUAA